AUACACAUGUUCACCAAACCAGCUCAAACCCUUCCCCCACCCCAAAAUUUUUGGCAUGGAAUAAACUAAAAAGUAACUCUACUUGAAUUUUCUAAUUGGCAGGGGCAGGCCACUAGUAAUUGGGACGAAAUUUCCUCCCAACACAAAGAAUAGCUUCAAAGACUUCCAAGUCAACUUCAACAGGAGAAAACUUCAUUACUUCUGCUAAAUCUUACCCAGAACUUUUGUCAAGCUACCAUUCUUAAAUUCUUCAACACUAGAUCUUUUGCUUUCUACAUUUAGCAAAGGCUUUUGGGAAUUCUCUUCACCAAAUUAUAUAGGUUUUCUGACUGACUUGUAGGUGCUGCAAUGGCAAGAGAGUUGUCCACAUUGUUAUUAGCAGGAACUGCUACUGGGACAAUACAGCCUGUGACUGUAUGGAACGGAAUCAAAGUUGGGAAGAAAAUAAUAGAAUUUAUUGGUGAAGUUCCGGAGUGGAUUAACUAUAAUCAGAACCUUGAAAAUCAUCUCCAACUUCUUAAGAGGAAAACGGAAUUCUUAGAGAGUAGGGAAGCUGAUGUUGUAAUAGAGCUUAAAAACAUCGAGCAUCAGAGUGGCAGGAAGCGAAAAGAAGAAGUUAACCAUUGGUUGAGGAGGGUAAAGACUAAAGUUACUGAUGUAAGAAAAGUUGAUGAUGAUAUUAACACAGUGAGUUAUUUGCCAAGAUUUCUCUUUCGUGCAUGGUUAGGGAGUUGUAUAGGAAAGGAAAUCGAUCAAGUAAACGAUCUUGUACAGCAAGGUUCAUUUACUACGGGACUUCUACUUGAUGCACCCCGAGAUUGUGGAGGACCUUUAGUCACAAGUGACUUAAAGGGGGCAGUUGUGGUUCAAAAGUUGGAUGAAAUUUGGGGGCAUCUCAUCAGCCCUUUUACUGUAAGGAUUGGUGUUCAGGGACCUGCAGGAAUUGGGAAAACUGCUGUCAUGGCUCAUAUCUUUAACCGAUUAUGCUCAUCUUGUCGUGUUUUUUAUGUUAAUGUACCUCCAGACUUCAGUAUCUAUAACCUUCAAGCUUGCAUUGCGGAAGAAUUGAAGGUGGACCACCUACCACAAACAGAAGGAAGUGAAAUCAGGAGGGCAGCUAGGUUAUGCCAAGCAUUCAAAUCAAUGAAAGAAUUUGUUCUUAUUUUAGACGGAUUACCCAAGGACUUUGCUCCCGGAGAUUUAGGCAUCUCUUUGGAAGGAAACAAAGGGAAAAUAAUUGUGACAUCUCAAUGUCUUAAUGUUUGUAAAAGAAUGUUGUGUCAAGAAACUGUUGUGUUGGAAUCCCUGUCUCGAGAGGACUCAGAGAAUUUGUUCAUGGAGAAACUAGCAGCAGAUAGUCCUCUUUCUGAAGACAUUAGGAGUGUUGCUCGCGAUAUAAUUCAGAAAUGUAGUGGCAUACCAUCGAAAAUCAUCGAUAUGGCUGUCCAACUAAGAGGAGCUGAUGUAAAUGAGUGGCUGGACACAUCAUCUGAUAUGUGAAUUCACUCUUGCCAUUAAGAUGUAUUAGCCCUAUAAACACGCGAUGUGUUUGUCUAACAUUUGGAUAUCAGCUCUAAUACAAGUAUAUUUUAUUGUACUACGUAUUAAAACUUCUAAUAUUGGUUGAUUGUAGUUCAAAUAAUAACUUUUUUGACAAUAAAAUAACUAUGUUAAUGUUUUCUUGAA